AUGUCUGAAGGGACCCUCGCGUCGGCAGUCGCCGUUCCAGAACCGGAUAAUAUACGACAAUCACCCGAAACCUCCACGAAAAGGAGACAAUCCUCCGUAUCGGAACACGACACAAAGCGCCGCCGUCUCAGUUCCCAAGGCGAUAUCUCUCCACAGGCCCGGCGACAACAGCAUUCGCCACAGGCGUCCGCGCCAGAUCGUCCCGCUGAACGGAGGCCUAAUCGGCAGGGCCGAGAGGAAGACCGGAAGCGUGGGCAGCGGCUGUUCGGUGGGCUGCUUGGCACGCUUUCGCAGAGCUCGACGUCGGCGGCGCAGAAGCGCCGCGCUGAUAUUGAGAAGCGGCAGCAGGAUAAGCUUAAGUCACAGGCGGAUGAAUAUGAUGAAUUGAAAAAGAGGCGGAGGGAGAGACGGGAUGUCAUUCGCAGGAAAGAGAAGCCAUUUUAUGAGCGGGAGGCUAUGCAAACUCGGCAUUCCAACUUGGUAGCCAUGGCGCAUUUCCUCAAGACGCGAACAGAGCCAGUCUUGUACUAUAAGCCAUGGCAACUACGAUCCGGCGAUGAAGACGUGAUACGGGAACAAAUCGAAGAAGCCGAAGCGAAGGUCGCCCGAGAAGUCGCCGAAUUCGACGCCCGGUAUCCGCCUGAGGCCUUUGUAUACGAGAAGCUUGAGCCAAUAUCAGCAGAGGCGGCUGGUCCGCAAGGAGAAUCAGAAGAGAAGCAGCAGGCAAAGCCAACUGCAGAGCCGGUCUCUGAGCAAGCCCCGGUUCCCAAACCUGAGGCUGAUACCAAGGAGCCGAAGGAGGCUCCGGUUGAGAAAGAUGCACAACCCAGCAAGGAACAAGCAUCCGAACCCAUUCAAUCUGAGACCGCACCUACCGAGGUGGUCGAUGCUGCGGAUUCCAAGGAUGAUGCUCACCCUCCCACCCACGACGAUGAUGGGGAUGAAAUGCUGGAAGAUAACGAGGAUACCGUGAUUUAUUAG